AUGCUCAGUGGCAGGGCCGGCUAGGUGGCCCGCGAGCUGCACCCGGAUCUGCGCGGCGGCGGCGGCGGCGACGUGAGCGCGCAGGGGGGCGGCGGCCUCGCCUCGUCUGUGUCUCCGCGCCGGGCUCGGGUGGGUGACGCGCAGUGCCGGGACGAUGUCGGAUUUUGACAGCAACCCGUUUGCGGACCCAGAUCUCAAUAAUCCGUUCAAGGACCCCUCUGUUACACAGGUGACAAGAAAUGUGCCACCAGGACUUGAUGAAUAUAACCCUUUCUCAGAUUCUAGAACGCCUCCACCAGGCAGUGUGAAAAUGCCUAAUGUACCCAACACCCAGCCAGCAAUAAUGAAGCCAACAGAGGAACAUCCAGCUUACCCACAGAUCACAAAGGAACAUGCCUUGGCUCAAGCUGAACUUCUCAAGCGCCAGGAAGAGCUAGAGAGGAAGGCCGCAGAAUUAGACCGCCGAGAACGGGAGAUGCAGAGCCUGAGUCAGCAUGGGAGAAAAAAUAAUUGGCCACCUCUUCCUAGCAAUUUUCCUGUGGGACCUUGUUUCUAUCAAGACUUUUCUGUAGACAUUCCUGUAGAAUUCCAAAAGACAGUAAAGCUUAUGUACUACUUAUGGAUGUUUCACGCUGUAACUCUGUUUCUGAACAUCUUUGGAUGCCUGGCGUGGUUCUGUGUCGAUGCUUCACGAGCAGUGGACUUUGGAUUGAGUAUCCUGUGGUUCUUGCUUUUUACCCCCUGCUCAUUUGUCUGUUGGUACAGACCGCUGUACGGAGCUUUCAGGAGUGACAGUUCCUUCAGGUUCUUUGUAUUCUUCUUCGUGUAUAUCUGUCAGUUUGCUGUGCACGUGCUGCAGGCUGCCGGGUUUCAUAACUGGGGAAACUGUGGUUGGAUUUCGUCCCUUACUGGUCUCAAUAAGAGCAUCCCGGUUGGAAUCAUGAUGAUAAUGAUCGCAGCACUUUUCACAGCAUCGGCAGUUAUCUCACUCGUCAUGUUUAAAAAAGUCCAUGGACUGUAUCGCACAACAGGUGCUAGCUUUGAGAAGGCCCAGCAAGAGUUUGCAACAGGAGUGAUGUCCAACAAAACUGUCCAGACUGCGGCUGCAAAUGCAGCUUCAACGGCAGCAACCAGUGCCGCGCAGAAUGCCUUCAAGGCUCAGCGAUAGUGAGAGCCUGAGGCCUCGGUGAGACCUGGUGAUGCUCAUUCUUCAUUGAGUACGGAUUUUAUAGACACCGAAACCACCAAGACUAUAGAAGUACACAUGUAGACCGUGUGCUUAUACUCCAAAUCCAUGCUUAUUUGUCUCUGAAGUUCAAAUGAAAGAUGCAUCAGAGAUUUUUUUUUUUUUAAAAAAAAAUACUUUCCUUCAAAAAUGGGAAUGUUCUCUCUCUGUUAUGUAGAGGUAGCAUUAUUAAAUGACAAAGAGUAGUUAUAAUAGCACAUCAUGUUUUAAUGUGAACAGGAAAAUGCUGUUGUUCAAUCCAGUUGCUUGGGUUCAUACAACUUUGAAAGAGAUUAUGUUUGACAGCAAAGGAGCAUUAAAAUGAUGGUAGUGUCUGCGGCGGGGGCAGGUGUGAAAACAUCUUGGAAUUUCUGGUUUACCAUUCUCUCAACAGUUGGUCAAAAGUGCAUUUUCAUUUGGUGAAAGAUGGCUAGUCCUUCCUACCUAAUACCAAUGCCACUUGGUGCCACAGCCAUGAAAUGAGCUUCAUGCAGCACAGGCAUCCAUGCCACUUUUCAGUUUUCGAUGUUAAAUGGUGGCUAUUUUAUUUAAAACUAGGGUCUGAACACUGGAAAAUCAUUGCUUUGGUGAUUUGUGAUUGGGGCUUGGUUUAUUUCUCUAGGGUGUUUGUACAUUUUGUUGGUGCAUUACACUGCACUGCCCUUAUGGCAACUGUCACGGUUCUGUGUAAAUGCCCUCCAUGUGUCCUUCUCAUGUGCAUGUUUUCAGUGGUUUGGAAGUUUUGUAUAUUUAUUGUAUUAAUGCAGAGUGUCAUAAAAUAAAAUAAUGUUUACUGAA